CACUACUGAAGUUUGCAAAUGUGGAAAGUAUACACGGCAUGUAUAGUGGUCGUGGUGUGUGCUGUCAGUGUGACCGUGUCUGUGUGAUCGAGAGUCAGCAUUGACAGGCAAGCUGCUGCCAUCCUUCCUUCACUCCAGCAACCCAUCACAGCAGCUAGCCAUAGCCAAGAGCUAGCUAGCAGCUAAGCACAAGCUGCUUCGUUCAUCUCCCUCCUCACAACCAACAAGACCAAGCUCACAUCAAUCACGAUCUCUAGCAAUGGCGAUCACCACCAAGAACGCCCUGCAGGUGCUCCUCCUCGUGGCGCUCCUCCCCCUCGCCGCCCUCUCCUCCCGCGCCGGCCCGUCCGCGCACAAAAGCCACGGCCAGCACGGCCACGGACACGGGCCCAAGCACGCGCACGCGUCGCCUCCUCCAUCACUUCCUCCGGCCCCGGCCGCCGCCGCGGCGCAGGACUACGACUCCGCGUCCGUGCACGUCGGCGCCGCCGCCGAGUACCCGCAGGUGUGCAAGGCGCUGUUCCGGCGGCAGAGGCCCGGCCAGUACCCGCCGGAGCUGGCGGGCAGGGAGGAGGCGCUCGGCCAGCUCUGCUCCGUCGCGCUCGACAUCAUCGCGCUCCUCGCCAACAGCAGCAGCUAGCUGAUGGCUGAUACCGAUCUGCUCGCCUGCUCCAACCUCCAUUCCUCCAAUCAUCGUUCAUUAACUUGUCUAGUGAGCCUACGUGUAAUGACACGUAUGCCGUCUCUGUGAUUUUGGGUAGCAUAGCACUAGUGUACUCCACUUGUUAAUAAUCUAAUCUGUGUGUAGUCCAGCGUCGAGUUGAUUCAGAUGGAGUACUUAAUGAUAAAUCUCUGUGCUGUCGUAGUCUGUCAGUGUCAGUUAACUACUGAAGAAGAAAUGUUGUUAUGUAUGUUGAGGAUUAAAUUAUUCAGUUCAGAGAAGAAUAUGUCUGAUGAGUACUAUAUAUAACUUUUUCUUUA